UCCUCUCUUCCCGACGCCCACCAACAAUGCCUGCGGACGUCUUCAAAUCAGCCCAGGACCGCCGCAGGGUCCCUCGCCGCGAUGCCGACGCCCCGAGAGGCGACGGAAACUACGCCCGCGAAAUAGAGAUGAAGAGAAACAGAGGCGAGAUAUCUUGCGCCGAGUGUCGGAGACUCAAGAUUAAAUGCGACAAGCGCAUCCCCUGCCAGUCCUGCCAGCGAAGAGGCUGCGCCGCCCUCUGUCCAAAUGGCAGCCUCGCGACCGGGCAAGGCACUCGCUUCGUCAUCGCCGCCACAGAACAUCUUCACCGACGCAUCGCCCGCAUGGGCGAUCGCAUUCGCCAGCUCGAAGACGCCCUCUCCGUACUGCAGUCCACAAAUUCCUCCGAGCAGCAUCCCCUCCUCCAUGACAGCCUCCUCGUCCUCGACCAAGACCGCCCCGAAGAUCAUGUUGUCGAUCCAGAGAGCACAGAAUUUCCGGCCGAAGUCGUCAACGCGUUUGGCACCAUGUCCAUCUCCGAGCACGGUGUCGCGCGCUUCUUCGGCCCGACAGGGGGUUCAGAGGGAUUGCUGCUGGUCGACCAAGACGAUGCCGCAAAUUCUCCCGGCAGUAGCAAUCAUACCGACUCUACAGGCCGUGGCUCCAAGAGCCCGUCUCUCUCCACCAGCAUCACCCGCUUCUCCAACGCCUUCCCUUUUACUCCCGUCGGUCCAACCGACGAGGUCCUCGGCUUGAUCCGCCAGAACCUGCCCACAUGGGAGAUGGCCACCGCAAUCGCGGAGACCUUCCUUGAGAACGCAGCGUGGCUGUUCCGCAGUGUCUCGAGGGCCCAACUUAUGGAAGAGAUGCUGCCCGCCAUAUACAGCAAACACCCGGCGUACUCAACCGACGAGUAUGGUGGCCCGCACGGCCUCGCCCUCCUCUUGUUCAUCUUCGCCGUCGGGCGCAUCGUCGACAUCGGUCUUUCCCCCGAAGUCGCAGAGUCUGAGGCCGAGCACUGGAACCAGCUCGGCAAGGCGGCCCUGUGCCUCAAGCCUGUCCUCGAGAAACCGUCCUUGAUCACGAUACAGACGCUUCACCUCGGAAGCAUAUACAAUGCUAUGAGCGGCAGCGAAGCUAGUAACAGCGAGUCGUCCAUGGAGACGACGUGGUCUAUGAUUGGCUUGGCCGCGCAUCUCUCGCACAGCAUGGGUCUACACCGGGACAGUGCACGAUGGGAACGCUCCCCCCAGGUCGUCCAAAGGCGACGCAUGUUGUUCUGGGAUUUGUUUGUCGCCGACGCCUGGCAUACUUUAUCCACCGGCCGGCCACCCGCCUUUUCCCGCGAAUAUAUCGACUGCGCGUUUCCCCAAGACGACGAGAUGACGCUGGACAAUAACGGGAGGACAGAGCCGGGAUUCGGCUCCUGGGGCUUCCGCUUUGCUCUAGAAUGCGUGGCGGACGUCGCGGCGCGGACGCUGACCGCGACACCGCCUCGCUACUCGGAAAUUCUCGACCUCGACCGAAAGGUCCGCGACUUUGCGAUCCCCGAAGAGGCGCUCGCGAAGCUGCGCGGCGAGCCAGGGACCGAUCCGCGCAGCGUCCCGCUCUCCGCCUCGAUGACGUCCUUCGUGCUCUCCCACACGCGGGAAGUCAUCCUGCUGUUCAUCCACCGCAGCUUCUUCGCGCAGGCGCUCAUCGAGGACCCUGUGAACCCCAUCCGGAGCCCGUACGCACCGUCCUUCCUGUCCACCGUGCGGGCGGCGUCGACCAUCCUGCGCUCCGUCCGGGAGCAGUUUGCAAUCCACCCGGCCAUAUGCUCGCGCUUCUGGAGCACCUGGACGUAUGCCUUUUCCGCCGCGAUCGUGUUCGGCGUCAUCGUCACUCGUGGGCCCCUCUCGCACUUGGCUGACGCGGCGAUGUCCGAGCUCGACAAGGCGUGCGACCUGUUCUCCAUGGCCGCCAAGCUGAACCGGCGCGCUGCGAAAGCGCACACCAUCCUGUGCCGCCUCCAAGACAAGGCGCACCGCGCGCUCGACACCGCGCGGAGCGCCCAACCGCGCGCACCCGAGGCCGACGGCGCAUCGUGGGACAUCAAGCAGGAAGAGCUCGACGACGAGCUCUCCAUCUUCGCCGGGCGCGCGAAGAUCCUGCGCGCGGGGCCUCCCGCGGCCCACCCCUACGCGUACGCGGUGCCCUCGCCCGAGGACCCCCGCCUCGCGCCCGGCGCGGCGCUGCUCGUGCCGCGCGCGCACCACGAAGCCGCCGCCGGGCAGCACGGCGGCUUCGCGGACGCGGCGCCGUACCGCGCGCCCGCGAACGUGUCGAUGAUGCGCGAGUGGCUCGCGCAGUCCGCGGAGGGCUACCACGAGCAGGAGUACUACCAGCCGCCGCCGCCGCAGCAGCAGCAGCAGCACCAGCAACAGAUGCUACCGCCGCAGGCGAUGCAUGCGCAUGCGCAGUACGCGCGGCAGGUUGACGAUGCGGGCGCCAUGGACCCGCUCUCUCACCGCGCCGCCGAGUACGGGCUCCCGCACGGCGCGCCCUCGUCCUACCCGCCCUCGUCCGCCGCGUCCGCGUCCGCGUCCUCGUCGUACGCGCCGCCCCUGACGCCCACCGGCGUCUCGCACCCGCACCCGCACCAACACCCACACCCACACCAGCAACAGCACGCGCACCCGCACGCGCAGAUCCAGCCGCCGUACGCGUACCCCAUGUCGCAGGACGGCCGCCUGCACGCCUACAGCAACGGGCACGGCGGCGUUGGCGGCGUCGGCGGCUUCGGGCACUCGCCGCAGCCGCUGCCGCUGCCCGAGCUCGCGGACCUCGGGCUGCAGGGCACGAGCUCGCCGAUGCGCGACAACUGGUCGUAUUUCGUGCAGCGCUCUGGCAUCCUCGACGGGCGCAACGCCUAGGCGCGCCGCCUGCCGCGGCCCCGUCUCUCCCUUUCUCUCCUCCUCUGCGGCUCUGCGUCUCCCUGCGUGUCUCCGUCUGUGUGUCUCUAUCCGUGUCUUAUAAUGUGUAGCGUGUACCCUUGGCUCUUUCUUUCUCUUACGUCCCCGGACCGCCUCGUCUGUUCGUUCCGUUCGUUCUGUUUAAUAUACAGCGGCGGCUCUCUGGCCCUGCCUGCCUGCCUACCUACCUGCCCGGUAACCUGCUGCUCCGUUCUU